GCUCGSUUCUCAGUGUGUCCGACGUUCGAGUUUGUUGCUGCUGCUUCCGCUGGUGCUGCCAGGAUGUUCGAGGCGCGRUUGGUGCAGGGUUCGGUCCUCAAGCGAGUGCUGGAGGCCCUCAAGGACCUUAUCACCGAGGCCUGUUGGGACCUGGGCUCGGGCGGCAUCAGCUUGCAGAGCAUGGACUCCUCGCACGUCUCGCUGGUGCAGCUCACGCUGCGCUCGGAGGGCUUCGACACGUACCGCUGCGACCGCAACAUCGCCAUGGGCGUCAACCUGUCCAGUAUGUCCAAAAUCCUGAAAUGUGCAGGAAAYGAAGACAUCAUCACCCUGCGAGCUGAGGACAACGCGGACACYUUGGCCCUAGUGUUUGAGGCGCCAAAUCAGGAAAAGGUUUCUGAUUAUGAGAUGAAGCUGAUGGAUCUUGAUGUGGAGCAGCUGGGAAUUCCAGAGCAGGAGUACAGCUGUGUGGUGAAGAUGCCCUCGGCGGAGUUUGCGCGCAUCUGCCGGGACCUGAGCCACAUUGGYGACGCCGUGGUCAUCUCCUGUGCCAAGGAUGGCGUCAAGUUCUCUGCCAACGGCGAGCUGGGCAAUGGCAACAUCAAACUGUCCCAGACCAGCAAUGUGGACAAGGAGGAGGAGGCUGUUACAAUAGAGAUGAACGAGCCAGUCCAGCUGACCUUUGCCCUGAGGUACUUGAACUUCUUCACCAAAGCCACCCCCCUGUCCCCUACAGUCACACUCAGCAUGUCUGCAGAUGUWCCUCUGGUUGUGGAGUACAAGAUCGCUGACAUGGGACACUUGAAGUACUACCUGGCCCCAAAGAUCGAGGACCAGCAGGAAGGCUCUUAACUGGAGCAGGACUGAAGGGGGAUCUGSUCCUGGCUGAGAGAAGGGAAAGGUGGAGGUAGCAAUUCCAGGGCUUUGGAGCAUCCUAGGAGCACUGUAGGCAUAUCUUGUAGAUAUCUUUGUAAAUAUUUUUUCAACUUACUAUUUUGCUUUACUGGUAUCAUUGGAAAUAGGAAACCUGAGCUUUUCUAGUCUGUUCCUGUACUCCCAAUAAUCUCUGGAAUGCUGUCUGAAGGUGAAAUUUCUUAGUGCUUUCAGCUUAUGUUGAAGAAGAGGGACAAUAUUUAAUGAGUCAAGAUGUUUCCUGGAGUUUCACCUGUGGAGUUUUAGUUUAGGGUUGCUGUUUUAUUAUGCCACAAGUUUGUAUGACUUUACUUCAUUUAUUUUUAAAGCUGAUACUCUAACUGAAACUUGGAAAAUGGAAAUAAAGAAUAUAAUUUCGUGGAGUUCAUCCUGUUUAAAUGUGGGUGG